AUGACAAUGCAGCCAAUGCCCGAUGGCCGCAGCAAGGCCAUUUUCAUCGUCACUACCGUCUUUCUGGGACUCUCCUUCAUUGCCGUGUGCUUGCGAUGUUUUGUUCGACUUAAACUCGUCAAGGCCUUUGGCUGGGACGACUGUCUGAUGGUGUUUGCAAUGUUGCUGAAUAUUCUGUUUGCACUGUGCGGAAUCACCGGCGCAUUCUAUGGCAUGGGUCAGAGAUCCUUGGCCCUGAUGCAGCGAGGGACGAUGGAAACCGCCAUGUUUUGGUGGUGGCUCGGCCAGACGAGUUACGUCUGGGUAUGCGCCGUUGCCAAGAUCUCCAUUGCCGUCGCGCUCCUGCGCCUGACCGUCAUUCGAAUCCACACGCUCAUUCUCUGGGGCGUCAUUGCCGUCACAACGGUCGUGGGUCUCGUCUUCUGGCUGAUGCUGACGCUACAAUGCCAACCAAUCUCGUUUUUCUGGCAGCAGGUUCGCCUGGAGAUUGAUCCGACCUCCCCCGUCCAUGGCCACUGUCUGAAUCUGGAUAUCAUCAUCGACAUGGCCUAUGUCUACAGUGUGACCGCCACGCUCUGCGAUCUCACCCUGGGUCUUCUUCCCAUCUUCCUGGUGUGGAAUCUACAUAUGAACGUGCGGACCAAGGCCGCUUUGGCUGGGAUUUUGGGCAUGGGAUGUGUUGCUAGUGCUGCAGUCAUUGUCCGCAUUCCUUUUCUUCAUGAUUAUAAGGAUCCCGAUUUCCUAUAUGCAACCACCGACAUCUCCAUCUGGUCCAACGUCGAGGCCAGUCUCGGCAUCGCCGCCGGCAGUCUCGUCACCCUCCGCCCUCUCUUCCGCUGGUUCCGCGACACCAGCUACGGAGGGAGUCGCAGCAAGCGUACCGGAGGCAGCAUGCCCCUUUCGAGCGUGAACGCGCUUCGUUCCGAUCACUCCACCCCGCGAUACUGGCGCCCAGAUCUGGACCCAGAGGAUACCCGCGCCGUCGUCACGACGAUCCCCACCUCCACAGUCAAGAAUGGUAGUCGCACCAGCAGUCAGGAGGAUUUGAAUCCGAAGAAUAAUGACGGAGGGACUUUCUUCCAGGGCGUCAAUGUGCACAAGACGUUUUAUGUGUCGGGAAAUGAGCAUUAA